UCGAGACUCUUCAGAUCAUGUCCCGCUGGGAUGACGCCGACACUGCCAACAAAGCCAGUACCCAAUUGACUAAUCUUCGUCAGCCAGAAUUUUUGAUGACGCUGCUUUCUUUACAAGACGUGCUGGCCAGCACAAUUUCGCUUAGCCGAUAUUUACAGAAAGAAACAAUUGAGAUGCAGCAAGCUUCAGACGCAGUUCAGGACACCAUAAGUAUUCUUGAAGACAAAAGAAGAAAUUCGGAGGAAAUUUUCGGGGUUCUCUUCAAUACAGUCUCUGAAUUGUGUACUAAAUAUGACAUACAGAUCACUUUACCGAGGGCAGCAGGCCGUGGCCGUCAUCCUAUACAGGACAAAGAAGCAUAUUACCGCCAGACCAUAUACAAUCCCAUGUUGGAAAACAUCAUCCAAGAUCUACAGCAACGAUUGAAUGCAGAAGUUUUGCAGUGCUUUGAUUUGAACAAACUUUUGCCAUCAGAAGCACUAAAUUGUGAUGAUAACAAAGCAAAGCAACUUCUUUGUAAGUUUGCUGCGAAGUAUUCUCAUCUCCUGGAAACGCCAGAGCACAUUUUGCUGCAAAAUCUAAACGCUGAAUGGGCUCUUUGGCGGGCCAAGUGGCGGAGGGAGCGAGAAAAAGCAGACGGAACUCCUCUGCCAAAGUCAUACGUCGAGGCCCUGGAAUUCUGUGACGUGGAGUUAUUCCCUAAUAUACGGGCUUUGCUCUUAAUUCUGCUGGCUCUUCCCUCAAGCGUGGCGACGGCCGGGCGCUCGUUUUCGACUCUACGUCGGGUCAAAACUUGGCUUCGUUCAACAAUGACUACCAGUAGACUUGCUGGCCUUGCUCUCUUGAGUAUACAUAGGGACAUACCUAUAGAUAAGAGCGAAGUUAUUAGAAAAUUUUCAGAAAAAAACAAGACAAGGCAAAAAAGGCGCUCUCUUUGAACUUACCUUACUGACUGCUGACUG